AGGUGGAGAGGUCAGCCAGCCUUGGACAGGCAGCAGCAGUCAGCUGUGAGCUGUGAGCUCAUCAGUUUUUGUGGAUUUCCCCUGUUUUUGCCAGUUUUUAUCCCCUAAAUCGUUCCGUAUUUCUGAAAAACAGAGUCCAAGAUGGGGACUGCUUGGACUCACUUUGUGGCACCCGGCACUAUACCCCUCGAAUUUGCGGAAUCCCAGUUCGACCCUAUGUUCGGGUUCGAGGCGACGGGUCGGAAGGAAAGAAAAAUUGAUGCGACGAUCGCAGAAAUGGAUUCAUUUUUAUUACCAUCUGAACGGCGAGACUUUUGUGCAAAAGAGUUGAUGGAGUAUCAGACAUGCAUGACUAACAACUUUCCUCUGUAUCUGAAAUGCACUCAUCAACUGCAUCACUACGGAUUCUGCCAAUAUGAUGAUUACGUCAUCCGAAUGAAGGAAUACGAACGAGAAAAGAGGCUAAUGGCAAGAGCCAAGCGCGUGGGUCCUGAACGAGCCGGUUACAAAGUAGCUCCUACCGAGAGCUAAAUAUUCAAAAAUUUUACUCAAUUUGUAGUAGGUGAAAAUAACUUGUGAAUAUUGUAUAUUUAAUUAAAUUGGUCCCACAUGGGAAAACUUU